AUGGAGGAAGUGGAAGACCUUAUUGAUAAGGUUGUUGUGACUGAGACUAUGUCCAUCUCUCUGAGUCAUCUAGUGUUUUCCCUGCAGAAGUAUAAAAACUUCCCCAGAGGCAUUACGAUGUACGCCAACAAUGAGGAGGUAUCGCCACACAAUAACAUCUCCAAAUGCAGGGUGUCUGUUCAAAUGCCAGGAGAGCUGGACACUGGAUCAGACUUCUCAAUUGCAUUUUGCCUGCUUACCUGGCCGGAAAAAGAUUGGAUGACACCAGGAGCCUCAGAUGAACUGUAUCAGAACACAAUGGUUGGUCUGAAAGUGAGUGGUAAGAAGAUUUCAGGACUACGGGAGCGUGUCAACAUCACCAUGGUUCUUGAUAUCAACAUAAAUGACACCCGAGUACCCUCCUGUGUGUUUUACAAUUUUACAAAUAAGGAUUAUAGCUCUGUUGGCUGCCAAACCUUUUGGAAACGUGGUGAGGUACAGGUCACCUGCUCCUGCGACCACCUCACAUACUUCGGCGUGCUCAUGGUGUCUGCUCCCCUUUCAGCUAAGCACCAGAAGAUCCUGACAUACAUUAGUCAAAUUAGCUGUGGUCUUUCUCUCAUUGCCCUGUUCAUCACUGUUUUAAUCUUCAUCACAAACAGAACGAUCAGAGCAGAUGUGUCCAUGAAGAUCCAUAUCAACCUGGCCGUUGCGCUGAUUCUGCUCAAUGUACAUUUCAUCAACAUCGACCAUGUGCCACAGUCUUCCACUGGGCUUUGCCUGUACAUGGCUCUAUUUGUUCAUUAUUCUCUGCUGGCCACUUUCAGCUGGAUGGCCUUGGAGGGCUUCCACAUCUACCUUCUUUUAGUCAAAGUCUUCAAUAUAUAUAUCAAGAAAUACCUGCUCAAACUCGCUUUGGUGGGAUGGGGUAUUCCUGCAAUCAUUGUGUCCCUGGUGGUCAUCAUAGACAGAGACGCAUAUGGUCGUGUUGUUUUGGACUCAUCUAACCCCAACAGCACUGAAAUAUGCUAUAUAGCCAACAACACAGUCAAAAUGGUGACUACGGUGGGAGUAUUUUGCUUUGUGUUCAUCUUUAACGUGACCAUGUUUGCGUUGACAGUCAGAAGUGUGUUGAGUCUCCGCCCUCCUGAAGAGAGUAACUAUAACAGAGCCAAGAAAGACAUCUGUACCCUGAUGGGUGUCACCACUCUGCUCGGGAUAACCUGGGGCCUGAUCUUUUUCUCGUUUGGCUACCUGUCCACCGCUGGCCUCUACCUCUUCUGCAUCCUGAACUCACUGCAAGGUGUCUUCAUCUUACUGUGGUUUGUGAUGUCUUGGAGAAAGAACAGAAACUCAGCAUCUGUGAGCACAACAAACACCACCAGCAGCUAAGG